UUUUGACCUCCUUCUUUGACAAGAUGGCCGAUUUGUGGAUGGAUUCUGUGGAAAAUAGGGUUGACGCCCUUGAAAAACAAGUAUUUGGAGAUGCUGAUAAAGAUUCUCACUUUCCCAGGUGCGUCGACAGCAUGGCUGCCGUGGAUAACAAGAUGAUGACCGGGGUGCAGGGUCGCGGUAAAUUUCUGGUUGUCUUACAGAGAUUGAAUGAAGUUGAAAGGUACAUGGAUCCAACAUACACAGAUCGGCUAACUCUGACUGACCAGGCCAAGGCAGAUAUCCUCGUCGCCCAGGAGGAUUGGAUUAAGAAGAUGAUAACUGAUUUGGACAAAAUGGAGCAACUCCACGAUAUCAUGGACAGUGAACAUCUGAAAGUGGUGCCAUCGUUGAAUGCUAAAUUCCAGGAACUGUCAAAGAGGCAUGUGACACAGCAGGAUGAGGUGGCAGAAUUUUCAGAGGAGGUCAGCAAUCUCCUCUCACAGUACAACAACCUCAUUGCAACAUUAUCCAAACAGUUUGUCCUCUGGGAUGAGACACUGACAGCGCAUGAAAAGGCUGUGCUUCCCAAAGGCAAGCCCUACUGAUCAUGGACAUUACCUAAGGAUCAUGAUACCAAAGACAUUCACACUGCCAUGAAGAGGGCGUUCCUCUUUGGAUAUAACGGUGGGGGUCAAAUCAUGUGUCGGGUGUCUUUAUUGAGGCACUCUCACCUGUGCUUCUUAGUCUGUUUUACUUACAUUCAUGUUGGUGGAUAAAACACAGAAUUUUUCGGCAAAACUAUGUAAUCAUUCUGUCAGGGCGUCACUCCCUGCUCCCUUCAUGCUAUUGUCUCGUGCAAUAGUUUGACAGCUCUCAGAAUCUAUAUUGUGGAAAGAAGUGUCACAACAGUACAUGUAGAUACAUGUAGCAUGAGCUUUUAGUUGUUCUUGGUGAAGGGAUGUAGAGAAAUACUGGCUGUCUCUGUUACCAGGUUUAGGAUGUGAUGUGCUGACAUUAUUCAUGUCAGAUUCAUUUGUAAAUGCUGCUCCGUACUUAAGGUGGUGCCGUUGUAUUGAUGGCUGUUUGAUGAAAUAGGGUUUCGAAAGAACAGUUUAAAGACGCCGCAAACUUAAUCAGAAAAUGACUGCAAACAGUGCAAUCUGUUUCGUUUCAACAUGGAAAAGUUGGCAUGAGGACAUUUGGUUUCCAACUCCCCUGUUGAAAUUAAAUGACACAUUGACAGUGAAGUGAAGGACUGUAAAUUCUGUAUAUAACGCAAUGACCUGCUAUAAAUGUAUGUAUAUUGUUGUAAUAUUUAUGAGGUUGGGAAUAAAAGAGAAUACAAUAUUCA